AUGUCUCGCCAGUCCUGUGGCCUCAGCAAGGGAUUCAGCUCCAGCUCCGCUUGCUUUGGAGGGAGGAACAAGGUCGUGUUCAGCUCUGUGUCCCGUGGAGGAUGCAGAGGACCCGGCAACGCCGGUGGCUUCAGCAGCAGGAGCCUCUAUUGCUUGGGAGGGAGUAAAAGUACCUCUCUGGGAGGAUUCGGUGGAGGUGGUGGUGUCUGCAGAGGUUUUGGGGCUGGUGGCCAAGGAGGCUUUGGCUACGGCUACGGUGCUGGGGCAGGACUCGGUGGCGGCUAUGGUGGUGGGGCCGGUGGCAUCUUCGGUGGAGGCCUCUGUGGUGGAUUUGGUGGCUUUGGUGGAGGAUUUGAUGGUGGGAUGGGAGGUCAAGGCUUUCCCCCUUGCCCACCGGGCGGCAUCAGGGAAGUGACCAUCAACCAGAGCCUGCUGGCCCCGCUCAACCUGGAAAUCGACCCCGAGAUCCAGAAGGUGCGAGCACAAGAGCGGGAGGAGAUGAAGCAGCUCAACAACAGAUUUGCUUCCUUCAUUGACAAGGUCCGGUUCCUAGAGCAGCAGAACCAAGUCCUGGAGACAAAGUGGAAACUCCUGCAGGAACAGGGUGGCACAGGGGUGGGUCGCAGGAACCUCGACCCCAUUUUUGAAGCCUACAUCAGCAGGCUGAGGACGCAGCUGGACGGCCUCUCAAGCGAGAAGCAUCAGCUGAAUUCAGAGCUGAAGAGCUUCCAGGAUAUGGUGGAAGACUUCAAGACCAAGUACGAAGAGGAAAUAAACAAAAGGACGGCUGUGGAGAAUGAUUUUGUGCUCCUAAAAAAGGACGUGGAUGCAGCCUAUAUGACCAAGGUGGAUCUUCAGGCAAAAUCAGAUUCUCUGGCAGAUGAGAUAAACUUCCUGAAGUAUCUUUAUGAGGUGGAGCUGUCUGAGAUGCAGAAGACCGUUUCCGACACCUCUGUGGUUCUCUCCAUGGACAAUAACCGAAACCUGGACCUGGACAGCAUCAUCGCAGAGGUCAAAGCCCGCUACGAGGAGAUCGCCAACAGGAGCCGAGUGGAGGCUGAGUCUUGGUACCAGUGCAAGUAUGAAGAGCUGCAGGCUACUGCAGGCAAACACGGAGACAGCCUUAAGGACACAAAGGCUGAGAUCUCUGAGCAAAACCGCACGAUCCAGAGGCUACGGGCUGAGAUAGAGAGCGUGAAGAAACAGUGUGAAACGCUGCAGAGCUCCAUUACGGAUGCCGAGGAGCGCGGGGAGCUGGCCCUCAAGGAUGCCAGGGCCAAACUGACUGACCUGGAGUCAGCCCUACAGAAAGCCAAGGCUGACAUGGCCCGGCAGCUCCGCGAGUACCAGGAGCUGAUGAACGUCAAGCUGGCCCUGGACGUUGAGAUCGCGACCUACAGGAAGCUGCUGGAGGGCGAGGAGUGCAGGAUGUCCGGAGAGUGUCAGAGCACCGUGAGCAUCUCUGUGGUGGGAGGCAGCAGCAGCUCUGUGGGAGGUGGAUACGGCGGCGGACUGUGCCUUGGAGGAGGACUCGGAGGACUCGGAUUCGGUGCUGGAAGUGGGAGAGGCGGUGCUGGCUUCAGCUACAGCCUAGGAGGGGGUGGAUGUGGUGCAGGGGGUGGAUUUGGUGCAGGGGGAGGAUUGUGCUCUGUGGGUGGAGGGUGUAACUCAGUGGUGGUGGGCUCUGGCACCGUCCUGAAGAAGAACACCACCUCUAUGUCUGUCAGCCGGAGGGUCUAG